AGCGGGCAGACGCGGCGCUGCGCUCCGCCAGCCGGCAGCAUGCGGCCCCUGCUCUGCGCGCUGGCCGGGCUUGCCCUGCUCCGCGCCUCGGGUGCCUUCACCGCUGCUGAACCCUUCAUCGCCUCCCGAGGAGACCCAGCUCGGACUGCAGGGUGUGACAGACACAUGGCUGUCCAUGGCCGGUUAGACGUCAUAGAGGAGACGGUGGAGAAGACGGUGGAGCACCUGGAGGCAGAAGUGAAAGGCUUGCUGGCUCAGCUGGAGGAGCUGGCCUGGAAUCUGCCCCCGGGCCCCUUCAGCCUGAUCCCCGACCUCCUCGGAGAGGAGACGGUGAGCAGCUCAGAUCGCCUUUGAGCACCAGAGCAGGAGCGACCCAACAGCUGGCAGUGAUACAACAGCCCUCCUCUGAGAACAGAGCCGUGCGUUCUGGCCUGCCUUCCUCAGCUUUGUGCAAAAUAAAAGCUACUCCUCUGGUCC